AUGGUAAUUGUCGAGCUGCCAACCAAAGUGCAUGAAAGAACAGCCAGAGAAUUUGAGUCCGAGUUCCUCACCGCAGCUGGAAAUGGACGCGAGGUGGCAAAAGGGGGAUCGAUGACCGCGAGAAGAGCUGCCAACCCGAACAAGGAGGCUGAUGCGACAUUUGGCCCCAAGAGAUCGACGCUGAACCGAACACCACUUCCGGCACUUCGCACCGUUGGUAAUUGGGCGACACUGGCUGUGGAGGUUGGAAGAUCUCAGACUUGGACGAGUCUGGAAGCAGCUGCUCAAUGGUGGUGCGAUUACAGUGGAAUCCAGUACAUUCUGCUGUUGAAAGUCAGUCGUCAAGGUAUUCAAAUGCGAUACGCACUUUAUGACAUCGCCGUGCUUGGCACUCUACCAGCGCCAACUGCAAGUGGAACUUUUCGACGACGCACCACAGCUCAACCAGCUGUCAAUGUCUCCUUCGACAUGCGCCGAAUUUUGUCGAUCCCCUCGAAUGCAGCUCUUCCACCUGACCACAGCGAUCUUCCAGCAGCACUCGAACGGAUGGAAAGCCAGCAGGAACCUCCUGCGGGAGGAGGACCUAAGGGGCCGAUAACGGAGGAGAACAUUAGGAAUGCCAUCUUGGACAGAGAGAUCAUUGAUGUCACGACGCCAAGCGAUGGAGAAGAGGCAGAGACAGAAGCUAGAACGACACUAACAACCAAGAAACACACAGAAUACAAGGAACAGGAAGCAGAAGUGGAAGCUAUGUCGGACACCUCCGAAUUACCACGGUUGAUUCAGAACACGAUCAAGGCUCAGGUGGAAGGGGAUCUAAUGCACAUGCCCUCAUCACAAUUUAAGGUGUAUCCGAACUUCCAAUCGCGAAAACAACUCACAAAUGAGUUCUUCAUGGGCAUCAAGAAUAGCGCAAAUGACCCUAAGAGGGUAGCACAGAUGCUGCAAGAAGCCAAGCAAAUUUGCUAUGACCAAGGGCACCACACAGUUCACAUCAUCUGCUGGACAAGAGAGAUGGCAAUAAAAUGGAACAAGGAAUUCAAAACCCUCAGCUUUAGAAACCGUCAAUUUCCACUCAAGAACGCGCAUGAAGAAGAGGAACCACUGUCACAAGACAACACACAACGAACAACUCAAAUGUGGGCCAGACAAAUAGGAUUGGAUGGCAUCAGAAAUGAAAAGCCUCAAGAUCGAUAUCAUGUGCGCCUGAUGUUCAUUUAG